GUAAAGCCAGAGUCCGUUCCGCCAGCUGACGUUGCUAAUGUUGUCAUGUCGCUGUUGUGCUGCUGGGUCUUUGGAGGAUAGCAGCUUCUGCUCACACUGGGGGGUUAAAACAUGGCGUCUUCCUAUAAAAUCCCCAAAAAGAAAGGGCCUGACUCCGCCCCCCUGCACACGUCACCGCUGUCCCGCCUCCAGAGCUCCGCCCCUGAAUUUAAGAGUUACGGGCAUCAGUCCGGCAGAGGUGACAGGAUGCAUGCUGGGAGUGCUCUGGGCUCGUCCGCGGGCAGACAGAGCGCGCCUCUCUUCAGGGACGUGGUCCGAUCACUGCUGUGGCUCAACGUCCCCGACAGAGGAGCAGCAACGGCCAAUCGCAGCCGAGGCUGGAGCAGCCAAUCACAGCCGGGACAGAGUCGAGCCGAGUCGUCAUCCAGCUGCUUCUCAAACGGAUGGCGUCCUAAGAGAGCGUCAGACCGCCUGCUGCAGCCGGCCGUCCCUUCUCCUCCCCAGAAGAAGAGAAGUGAUCUCCGUGAUAAAAGCGUCUCCGUGGAGGCGCCGGACUCUCUGGCAGAGCUGCGCAGUGAUGGGCAUGCUGGGAGUCUGAGUUCUCCGGUGUGGAGGAGAGGUGAAGGGCAUGCUGGGAGUCUGAGUUCUCCGGUGUGGAGGAGAGGUGAAGGGCAUGCUGGGAGUCUGAGUUCUCCAGCGUGGAGGAAAGGGGACGCUGCCAAGCCGAAGGGCGACACAGGAGAGAACUCUCCUCCCUCUGGGUCAGAACCAACCUCAGAAGACGACUUUGUGUCUCUGCCCAGAACCAGGAACACACUGAGGGUGCCACCGGGCAGGGGGCAGAGCCUGGAAGGGAGGCGGGGCCUGGGCAGGAGGCGGAGCCUGGACAGGACGGCCUGGCUCGCCGCCGGCAGGAACCUGAAGAAAGCUACUCCGACAGAACCCAUCGUUCUGUCCAGUGAAGAGGAGGAAGAAGAGGAGGAAGGAGACGGAGGAAAGAGGACGACACAAAGCUCAGAGCAGAGACCGACUCAGCCGGCUGGUUCUUCUGAAGGAGAAUCUGAGGAUAACAGCCCACAGCCAUCCUUCCUGCAGCUGGACUUCACCUCGCUGCACGCUGGCCUCACGCACGCCCACGCCAACGGAAAGAUCAUGAUCACUGAGAACGGCAUCACUAUUCCUCUCAAAGGAUCAGAGGAGGGGGACGUUACCGUGGUUGCGUCUCAGGUUCGGGGUUACGGUGUGUGGGACGGUGGCGUGGCUCAGGGAGGCACCUUAUUGGCUGAUUGGGAAGGUCCCGCCCCCUCGCUGCUCUUCCUGUCGGUGACUGACCCUCAGGCUAACCUUCUGCAGAGAGAGCUGUCAGCCAUCCAGACCUCUGCUGGACCAACAGGCCCCCCCUGCUCCUUCCUCCUGCUGGUGCUGAAGGAGCAGCUGACGGAGCUGCAGGCCGCCCUGCUCGCCUCCUUCCUGGACAUGGAGGAGUACAGGAAGUCCUCCUCCCCCCGAGGGCCCGCCUCCCCUCUGGACUGGACCAAUGGGCUGCUGCUCCUCCACAGCUGCCCCCCUCCUCUGGACCAGCACCUCCUCCGUCUGCUGGGACACUCGGCAGUGAGAAGCAGCCAGAGGAACAGGAAGUCCCCGCUGAAUGCUGCUGGUCUGCAGCAGCUUCCCUCCAGGUUGAUCCAGUAUCCCGCGGCGCCCUCUAAAGGACGGAUCACCGUGACGACGGAGGACCUGGCCUGUCUGGGCAGCGGCGAGUUCCUCAACGACGUCAUCAUCGACUUCUACCUCAAGUAUCUGGUUGUGGAGGGAGUGGGGGGUGCGGUGGCCGACAGGAGUCACAUCUUCAGCAGCUUCUUCUACAAACAGCUGAGCAGACGGAGAGCUGCCGGGGACGACAGCGCCCCCUCUGUCCCUGAUCGAGACAUGAGGCAUCAGAGGGUUAAAACGUGGACUCGAAACGUUGACAUCUUCACCAAAGACUUCCUGUUUGUUCCUGUCAAUCAAGAAGCUCACUGGUUCCUGGUUCUGAUCUGUUUCCCGGGUCUGGAGGAAGUUCAGUACCAAGAGUUUCAAAGUCCAACAGGAGGAUCAGAGCGAGCAGCAGGAAACUCGUCAGCCUUCAGUCUGAGAUCACAGCAGCCUCCGUGCACUCAGCAGGGCUGGCAGAGGGACACAGUGUUAAAGCGGCCGUGCAUCCUGGUCAUGGACUCCCUGAAGCUGUCCUACCACGAGAACGUCUGCAGACUGCUCCGAGAGUGAGUUCACCUUCCACCUAAUCACACUCAGGAAGAGGAAACGCUAAAGUGGCGUUGCGUUCUCACUUCUUGUUCCGCGUUCAGACGUUUUUUUUGGGAAAUCUGCGUGCGUACGGUGACGCAACAGUGUGUGAAAUUAAAUUAGACGUAGUAUGCACAGCAGGCAGCCAGGUGGUGGUGUGGCAAAAGCUGACUAUUUAGUCUGGACAGAUGAGGAGGAGUUAUUGCUCCAAGCAACACACACACAUGCAGAACACACACACACAG